GCCAAUGACUGGGGUAAUAACGGCCCUGUGCUGUUAACGCGAACACUGAAAGAGGCGUGUGAAAGGCCAAAGCUGGCACCAGGAGAUCAGUGUCAUGGUGUGCAUCUCCUCUCCUGGAAAGCCUUUUACCCCAGUGCCGCCUGGGAAGUGGCGAUUUCCAUUCCUUCCCAGAAAGGGAACAAUCAAUUUUACAGAGAUCCUCAGGUUUUCCCAGAUUCUUACGUAAUUCACAUGUGGAAUAAGAUGAGUCACCUCCAGCCAAUCUUCAAGGAUUCGGGGAGCAUCUACGAUGUCGCAGCCAAAUCCUUCUGUCCAGUCACCAGAGCCGUCGCUACUGCACACUCCAGCCUGUACUGA